AUGGCGACCAUGAGAGGCUGGCAAUAUACGGCAAUCGGGGAGUUGGAAUCGCAACUGCAGCUCGUCACAAAUCUUCCCAAACCCUCUCCGGCGACACUCGGCCAAGAUCAGGUUCUCGUCAAGAGCCUCUACGCCAGUAUCAAUCCUGCCGAUCGCCUGGCUUCAAACCUUGGUGUCUACACCAAAUAUAAGAUCGGCCUUCCUGCAAUCCCCGGCUAUGACUUCUGUGGCCUAGUCGAAGCCAUUCAUCCCUCGAACACGACCUUGAAAACCGGCGAUCUCGUAUUUGGGUGCCUAGGGUAUCCAGUCAAGCACGGCACGCUGUGCGAAUACUUCAUCGCCCCCACGACAUGUUGUGCUCGCGUUCCCGAUGGUGUCAAGGCUGAAGAGGCAGCAGGGCUUGGAUCGGCUGCCGUCACCGCUUACCAAGCUCUUGCACCAUUUAUAAAGAGUGGGCAGAAGGUCUUCAUCAACGGUGGUAGCGGAGGCGUGGGAAUGUUUGCUAUACAGUUUGCAAAGAUGCUGGGUGCCGAAGUCACUGCUACAUGCUCGACCAAGAAUGUUCCACUUUGUCAAGAGCUCGGUGCGACCACCAUUGAUUACACCCAGGUCAAUCUACUUGACGUUUUGAAGCAAGGCGGCCAGGUAUACGACCAUGUGGUCGACAAUGUUGGAACGGCGCCAGAGCUAUAUCAACAAGCCCAUCUUUACACCAAUACGGACGCCAAGUACAUUCAGAUCGGAGGCGGAGGCGAGAUUUCCGCUGCACAGCUUCUCAAAGUUGCCCGAAAUCUGGUGCUUCCCAGUUUCCUAGGAGGUCUAAAACGAGCCUAUCGGGUUUCUAUUCCCACGGUCAAGUCGGAGGAACUGGCUUUUCUAGCAGACUGGGUAGCCCAAGGAAAGGUCAGAAUUGUGAUUGAUCAACAAUUCACUUUUGAAAAUACUGUUCAGGCUUUUCAAAAGCUAAAAACUGGCCGAGCCAGAGGAAAAAUCAUUGUUUCGAUUUCAUAG